AUGAGUUGCCGAAGGAAUGGUAUUGCUCUCUCUAGUCCACUCAAGAAAACUAUCGGCGAUGCUAUUCGAUUGAACGUCCGCAUUGGUUGGUUGGCUACUCAUUCACCAACUAAGGCCAGACGAACUAAGGCCAGACGAACACUUCUUGAUGCUCUCGGCCGUCCCGAAAAUAGGAAGCGCUUGCCGCUGUGA